AUGCUGAAAUUUAUGCGAAUGUCAAGAAGCUCAAAUGGAAGGCAAAAAAAUCGUAAACGAGUGGUAAAAAAAGAGGUGUCCAGCAUUUUAAGUGAUCGGCGUAAAGCUGUGGUGGAGAACAUCACUCAAGAACUUGCUACAAAGUUGUCCCCAAGCAUUAUCUCUCUUGCUUCAUUUGAUGGAGACAAGAUGCAUUUUAGAAGCACGGGCAUAGUUCUUGAAAACAGUUCAUCUGGUGGUACAUGUGUUCUAACAUCGUCGGCUUUGGUUAGCACAUCAGAUAAGGAACGCAUGCUUACCCCUACACUGAAGAUAAAAUUGCGCCUUCCCAAUAACGAAGUUGUUGGUGGGUGGAUAAAACAUUAUAGUUUGCCUUUCAGUAUGGUUGUUAUUGAAACUGGAUUCUCCCCUGAUCUUCGUGCAGCAUGUCUCAGUAAAAGCGUGCAAGUCAAGCCCCAUAGUCAGUUAUUAGCUGUAAAGCAUUGUUUCCACUCAGGCAAAUUAAUGGAUACACGUGGGGAACCGAUUGACGGUCCAAGUGAAGUUGACAGUGAAGGGUUUAUGUUCUCCACAUGCAAAAUUACUACGGAUGGAAGUGGUGGUCCACUUGUUGAUUUUGAUGGGAACAUUGUUGGGAUGAAUGACUAUCAUGAUCAGAAAAUUACUCGAUAUGUACCAACAAAUAAAAUUCUUGAAUGUUUGAGGAAUCUUGGGUUAUGUGUGGAUGAAAUGGAAAACUUUUCCAUUACCUUUAAAGGUAGCUUGAAUCAAACUGGCUCUAGUGGGAGAAGUGGUGACAAAAGGAAACGUAAAUAUUUUGCAUCUUCUAUCCCCAAUCCACAAGAACUCAUUGAGGAUGGACCUCCACCAGAAUUUACUGUUGAUGAACAUAAGCAUCCAACUAUUCAUCCCUGGCCAUCCAGUGAGUUCACAAAGGUGGUAAAUGAUAUCUUAAGAUCUGAUGGUUAUCCCUUGCCAGCUUAUGCUGACAGAGGCAUGCAUUUGGAAGGUGAUUUUGAAGAGGAAUUUGGCAUAGCCAUGUGGAGUGAACCCACUAGAAAAGUUGCUUCAAUGAAGUCUUGGAGUGUUGUCGCACUCGCUUCGUUCAAUGGCAAGGAAAGACAUUUUGCUUGCACAGGUGUAUCUAUAGACUGCAAUGAAUCCACCUCAAGAAUUCUGACUUCAGCAAGUUUGGUUAGAACUUCCGGUGAUGAAAACAAGAUUGUUGAUAACUUAAGGAUUGAAGUAUGUCUUCCAAUGGAACAACAUAUCAUAGGGACAUUACAACACUAUGAUCUAAGCUAUAAUGUUGCUGUUGUCGGCAUCCCGAAUUCUUGCAAAAAUCAUGCAGCACUAUUCUUUGAAGAACCUCAAACUAAGGUAGUAGUAGCUCUUGGGCGUGCCUUUAAAUCUGGAAAUUUGAUGGCCACAGAUGGGUCAGUGAUUGGCGAACGAGACAAAUUUGAUUGCAGAGAGCUUAAGUACUCCACUUGUAAAAUUACCAAGGCUGGAAUUGGAGGUCCCCUCUUUGAUUUGAAUGGGAACUUUGUUGGCAUGAACUUCUAUGACUCGGACGGAACUCCUUACCUACCAAGUGACAUAAUUCAGAAUCUAUUGAGGAGUUUUUAUGCAGAGCGGACUGCUGCUGCUGGAAUUACGGAGAAGCCUAAUUAUCGUUGGCCGGUCCCUAAGCCAUAUUGGUAUUAUCCGAGUCAUCACCGGAAGCCUGAGCCAAAACACACAUCAUUUGAUUAG